GCACUUUUUGGCAAUGUUUGGCCGUUGUACUGACCACGUUUUAUGCUGACCAUAAACAUAGCAUCUCAAGGGUUAAUGACGCGAGCUGAUGUACUGAAACGUUUUAUAGAGCCGACCAAUCCAAACGUCAUUCCUCUAGACAGUGAUACGCCCCUGGACGUCUCUCUGAGCGUGAAGCUGCUAAACAUCGAAGGCGUCAACGAGGACGAAGAACAGGUGGAACUGACUCUUUGGUUGGGCAUGCGAUGGAAUGUCCCGGUGUUUGGCUGGAAAGAAGAUGUGGCUACGUUUGACGAGAUCAGCGUGCCAGCGAGUUUGGUUUGGGUUCCAGACCUCACCAUCCUAAACAGUAUCUCGUACCCGGAUCUGCUGGUGGCCGACAGGGUCGUUGUUGGAUCCGACGGAGCCGUCACCUUCGUACCCAGCCUAAAGGUCAAGGUCAAGUGUCAAAACCUUCGCCACUUUCAGGGCGCCACUUGCCGACUGAGGGCCGGGUCGUGGACGCACUCCACCAAAGAUGUGACGCUUUCCAUCCCCGAGGGCGCCGACCCCUUGGAGUACUUUCAGAGCGAGAAGUACAGUGUCCAGGUUGUUAGCCAGACGGUCAAGGACGAGAAGUACAGCUGUUGUAAGAAUACAUAUGAUGAGCUCAGCCUCGUUUUCACUGUCAGGGACAAGUCUUUGAAUGAUUAAAAUACACCAAGGGUUCAUAUGCUUAGAUCUAAUCAGUUUAAAGGUUUCCUUAUAAAUAACCUUCAAAUAGACAACAAAAAUUGAAUAUAGACAGAUUUAUCUUUCAUAGCUUAAAGUAUCAUCUACUCUGAAAAUGGCAACUGAUAACCGUUAAAUUUUAUGCUUCUUUUAAGCCCCUCUCAAAAAAAAUAAAUCUGUUCAUUAAAAUUUAUCCAUAAGGUAUACGACACACAACUAAAUAUUCACAUUCCAGAUGGCGAAAAUUGUACAAGGAAAAAUCUUUUACAUUUCUUUAAAUAUACACGAUAAUAAUGUAAUGCUCUCGUCAUCAAUCUCCGGCGGAUUAAGUGCAGGGUUGCUUUUAUCAGACCUAAUAAAAUGAAGGUCUUAUAGAUCUAGUGUUGCUUUUAUUUUACCGCUCACUAAUUUAAUAGUUCACUAAUUUGAGAGUUCACUAAUUUAAUAGUUCACUAAUUUGAGAGUUCACUAAUUUAAUGGUUCACUAAUUUGGUGUACUUCACUAAUUUAUUUAUCCAGAUUCUAGUUGCAUACUCAAGAAUGUAAUAGUUCACUAAUUUAGUAGUUCACUAAUUUAGUAGUUCACUAAUUUCGUAGUUCACUAAUUUAGUAGUUCAUCUAUUUAGUUGUUCACUAAUUUAUUUAUCCAGAUUCUACUUGCAUAUUCAAGAAUUGUAGUCUAUUUACUAGAUUAGUGACUUAGAUGUUUAUAUAGUCAUAAACGGUCAUCUGAUCAAUAAAGCAAAAGAUAUUCUCUUCAACGACUAAAAGUAGCCAAUGGUCAUUUUAGUGCUUCUUAGUAGGGUCUUUUUUUUUUAUAAAGAUAUUAUGUUUUUUUUAGCGAGAAAAUAUUUAUUCUUGGACGUUUGUUUUGCUGCAUAAAGCGACUGGCUACCUACUACCUGUGAACUGUUUACUUCCAAUACCAACGUAGACCAGAUAUUUUUUAAUUUGAACGUGACUGGAGAUGAGUUUGCUGAUCAGACCAAGGGCAUCCUACCAGAUACCCCCUUCUCCUGUUUCAUUACAGUUAAUAAAUUAAUUAUACUCUAGUCUACAGUAUAGGCUCGGGGUUUUUCCGUUAAAGACGCUACGUCAUUAUUUUGUAAAUAGUUUAGUGGAAACUUAAAC